GUUGAAAUCAUCGGUAUUAUAUGUUAAAAUUGGUCAACUGGAUUGUCUCAAAUUGAGAAAAAGUAUGAUUUUGUAGGAACUGUAUCUUCUUUUGAAGAAAAUCAAAAAAUUCCAGAAGUAAUAAACACUUUUCCCUGUACAGCGAGUUUUAGGGAACGUAUAACGUGAUCGUUAAAUAAUAAUAAAUCAAAGAAUUAUCUUUGUUAUAAGUGUGCUACAGUUCACAGUAUUGGUCGAAGAAGAUACGGGGACAAAUGUUUGAAUAAGAUUUUCGUUAAUGCGAUCGUUAAUUUUAUCCUGGUGAUUAAAAGGAACAUUAUCUCGAAGGUCUGACAAAAACAUCGUAUCGCGUUCAAAUAAAAGCAUUGCUCUCUGCAUGUUUGUUGCAUAACAUUAGUGAGUUAUAUGGUGCGGUUCGAGCAAGAAACGAAACAUAUGAAUUUCUUCAUCAGAAAAGGAUUCUUCGAUCGAUUUUGCUUGUAGAAUCAUUAAGUUUCGCGCUACACCGUCGACUGUGAAUUUUAAAGCGUUUUUAUCUUGUUAUCUUUAAGUGUCCGAGUUGCAUAUUGUUUUCAAAAGGAAUAUAAUCGCAGACAUUCGAAGGGAACAUGGCGAACACAAAUGGCCACGUACAAACUGUUCUCGAAGAAAAAAAUGCAAACGAGCUUGGCAGGAUUCUCACCCACGAGCACUUGGCUAUGUCCUUCGAUGCGUUUUACAUUCCGCCUCCGUCUCAAUUGAAGCGCUUUAUAGAUGAUAAGAUCGAGCUUCAAACUCUUGGCGUUUUAAGGCAAUACCCUUACAGCAGCAAGUAUAAUUUAAAUUUUAAUGAUGAGGCAACGAUGGACGCCGUGUUGGAAGACGUAAAAUUUUAUCACGAAUUUGGCGGCGGUACCAUCGUAGAGAACAGUAAUCACGGCCUGAAACGUAACAUUCCAUUGAUGAAAAAAAUUAGUAAGAAAACUGGAGUAAAUCUCAUUGCUGGGACAGGUUAUUACGUUGCUGCUACCCAAAGUGAAAGCGAUCUUGCUCUAUCCAAAGAAAAAAUGUACAAUGUGAUGCUGAAAGAAAUGACCGUCGGGUGCGUUGAAUGUCCCGACGUAAAAACAGGAUUCAUCGGAGAAGUUGGAAGCACUUGGCCAAUCGAAGAUUUCGAGAAACGAGCGAUACAAUCAACUGGAGAACUCCAGGCACAAUUGAAGUGUCCUGUCAGCUUCCAUCCUGGACGAAAUGCCGAGGCACCCUUUGAAAUAAUGAGACUCUACCAAGAAGCUGGCGGAGACAGUGGAAAAGCUAUUCUUUCCCAUCUGGAUCGAACCUUGACCGAUGAACAGAAGCUUUUGGAGUUUGCCGACGAGACGAAAUGUUAUUGCCAAUUCGAUCUGUUCGGAAACGAAUGUUCUUUUUAUCAGUUGAUGCCAGUGGUGGACAUGUUGUCGGACGCGCAACGAAUCGAUCGCGUGAAACUUCUUCAGGACGAUCAGAAAUUACAUCGUGUACUUUUGAGCCACGAUAUUCAUACCAAGCAUAGAUUAAUGAAGUUCGGUGGACACGGAUUCUCUCAUAUCUUGAACAACGUCUUACCGAAAAUGUUGCUGAAGGGUUUCACUCAAGACGAAAUCGACACGUUAACGAUUCAAAACCCGAAAACUUGGUUAACCUGGUAAACAAAUUUUUUAGCGAAAAAUUUUAUAAAAAUUAAUUAUGAAGACUGUAUUUUUUAUGUAUAUCCACAUUACCUUUAAUUUCU